CCAGUUGAGAGAUAUAUAAGUUUUUUCCUGGAUAACCCUUUUAAAACCCAAAAAGAAAACUACACAACACUUAGUAAAUCAGGGCCAUUGUAUCAGCGCUGCCUGUAGAUAUAGAAUAGUGUGUAUUACUGGACUAUUGUGUAGCUGUGGCCUAUAUGGUGGGACUCUCUGUGCCCAUUUCUGAAUUUCACAAAGUUAGAGUCAACGGUAUCGGUAACCGGCACAUAGCUGGUAAUUGUUUGACAGGAAGAACUGCCAGAGGGAGAGAGAAGGAUCCUAUCAUACAGAUACUGAUUUGGAUGACUGAUCCGUGUCAUCCAGUAUGGCGGACAGAAAGUCGCCCGGGUUCACAUAUAUCCGGCGAUCUGCAGGCCUCCCGGAUGAAACAGGUUGGAUCCAUUGCACCCUGCCUCCCAUCCGGUACUCCAUAGGCAUGGCGCCAGUUUAGGCUGAAGUGAUCCUGUCAUGGAGUCUGACAGCGCUAUACGAUCUCUUCGCGGUCCUGCGUAUGGUGGCGAUGACGUGGAUCUGGGCCUCAGCUCCGAUAGUCUGGAAGAUAGCGAUACAGACAGUCUGUGCGAGGAGAGACGCUAUCAGAGCGAACUUCAGGAGCGACUACAUAGCAAAUACGAGAUCAUCAUCCCAACCAAGGGGGGAACCGACGGGCCCCAGGGAAAGGUGACAGCGGGAGAUACUGAGGACGUGUCUCACCAAGGAAAGGAGGAGAAACGUGUCGGGCUUCAAGAGAUCCGCACAUCCUAUUCUGAAUUAAGAUAUGACCCCGACUGGAGGAAGCACCAGAACCGGAUCCACACGUCGGACCAGGAGGGCGAGGAAUAUCUAGAUGUCUCCUCUAUUGACUCACCUGAUGAGAUCACCCUGGAUCCCUCAGGAGGCCGGGAUAGUGCGGACGACCACCCCUUCUGGAAGCCCCUCACUGUCCUGACCUCCAAGAACAAGAAUAUCACAGAAAAACCAAAAUCUAAUGGAAGGAGCCAGAUACGAAAACAUGGGAGCCAUCAGAACAUAGCAGAUAAGACGGCGCAACGGGAGGCAGAUAAGACGGCGCAACGGGAGGCAGAUAAGAUGGCGCAACGGGAGGCAGAUAAGAAGGAGGGCACGGCACAACAUGAGGCGUCCAAAAUAGACAUUAUAGAGAAGAACAAGGCUACUUUAGGGGUGCGCAAAGAGAAAAAUCCUUCUUACCUUCACAUACACAAAAGGAAAACAGAGGAAAGCAAAUCCGGACAGAACAACGAGAAGUCCAAUGUGCAGCCCAUGGAGGGUGAAUCUCAUCUGGGGAAAGAAAUUCACCUGCCUGAGGCCAUAGACAAGUCUGGACCACCUGAGAACCAUAUCCAUGACAAUAGACCAAAGACCCUAAAUAUGGCGGGUGCCUUAUCGGACAUCAGCGCUUCACACUGGGACACAAUGGCGGUCUACUCUGAGGACUAUGACAAUGAAUAUGUGACCAUCCCUUCUUACCCUGAUAGAUACAGGGAAGCUUUGAUGGCUCCCGUAUCUUCACUAGAACAUCUCCAGGUACAUAGUGAAGGAUCAUAUCACCAGACCAUCAAACCUCUGGAGAUGACAUAUGGCCAUUACAUGGAGACCAUGGAAGACUUUAGCAUCAAGACCCAACCAGAAGCUCCUGGGACCUCCUAUAACGCCUACCCUGAUGCCUUCAUAGCAGGACACAUGAUCCCACCGAGAUAUCCACCUAUGGGAAAGUCCACCAGAGCCAAGAGCGAAUCUGAAGCCUGUGCCAGGAAUAGAAGUAGCAACGAGAAAACCGGACCAUGUCCAUCAGGGGAAAGGAAGACGUCGCAGAAAUAUCAAAAGAGGGUAAAGAGUUUCCUGAAUCAGGAGGUGAAGUUAGGCGGCCUGGGACCGGUGAACAGCGUCAGCCAGGAAAAGAAAGAACAGCUAAAACAACAGAAGGAAUACGCCAAAGCGAUCCAAGAACAAAUCCGCAACAAACCGGUGAAGCCUCGUGAAAUCCAAGUCUCGCACAACGACAAGAAUAAGAGCACGAGGCAAAAGAGCCUGGAAUAUGCCAAGAAAGUCCCUCGGCCGCAGCCUCUACCCAAAGUGUCCAGUGAGACGAGAGCGGACGUCCCGGAGAGGCGAGCCACGAGUUAUGACUCUCUGUUCCCACAGAUGAAGCUACUAGAAGAUCUGCAGAUUAGACAUGAGAGGGAAAAAAUGGCGGUGGCUGCCCUGAACGCCCUCCAUAUCCUAUAAGUCACCCAUAAUGUACCUACCGCAAUAAGACUCCAAAGUGGUGGCAAAAGAUGUCUACUCCAAGCACCAAAAUGACCAGAAUGGGAGAGGCCGACAACCAGGGGUCAAGUCCUGGGAAAAAAAGUGUGGGAACUCUUCCACAUAAGGGCUGGUCCUGCAGGACCCCUGCUAAUGGGAACGGUUUUCCUGCUGUGGAAAAAGUGCAGGAACUCAGUUCCCACUUGUUCAUUCAGGACUUGAGACCUGCUGAUAACCAUGACCUGGAAAAAUGCACGGACUUGUCACCAUAUGAGGAAUGGUGUUCUCCUCACCUGGACAGACCAUUAGAGUGCAGGAUCUACUGCAAAGCAUUGUGGUCCCAAACUUUCAAUCCAAAAUAAAUGUCACUUUAGGGUGAUAUCUGCAGUGAUGUAUAAAUGUGCGAAAUAAAAAAAAAAUAAAAAAAUAUCUGCAUGCUCCGACA